AUGAACCCAGCGGAGGGGAAUAAAAGCAAAACCUGGCCGUGCCUCCAUCGCACGGGCGAACAGCGAGACGCUGCGGAUUGCGCCCCGGCCGUGACGCUGGUGGGCAGCGCGGGCGCAUGGGUCGGCUCCUUGGCCAUGGGAAUGAUUUUUUUCUGCUCUCCCAUCGUCAGCAUCUUCACCGACCGGAUCGGCUGCAGGACCACAGCAGCCUCGGGAGCUGCCAUCGCCUUCAUUGGACUCCUCUCCAGCUCCUUCACCAAGUCUCUGGAAGUUCGUUAUUUCACGUACGGGAUCCUCUUUGGCUGCGGCAGCUCCUUCGCCUUCCAGCCCUCACUCGUCAUCCUUGGUCACUACUUCAAGCGCCGCCUUGGCUUGGCCAACGGCAUCGUGGCCGGCGGCAGCUGCCUCAUCUCCGUGCCGCUCCCCUUCUUCCUGAAGAUGGUCGGGAAGGCCAUUGGGCUGGCGCAUACUUUCCAAGUACUCAGUGCCUUAAUGCUCAUCCAGAUAUUCUUGUCUCUGACCUAUCGGCCCAUCUUGCCGCCUUCUUGUGACUCUCAACACGAUGGGCAGGACAAGCUGGGCAGCCGGAGCAUGCGGCAGCAGUGCUGGUCCCAGACGCGCAAGUAUUUCAACUUGAGGGUUUUCCGGAGAAAGACCUAUCGGAUUUGGGCGUUUGGGAUCGCCACUGCUGUCUUGGGCUAUCUCGUACCUUAUAUGAACCUGGUAAAAUAUGUGGAGAAGCGAUUUCAAGAAACCAAAAAAGACUGGAUCCUCCUGGUUUGCCUCGGAGCCAUGUCAGGGCUGGGGCGCUUGGUUUCAGGCCGCAUUGGCGACUGCAUUCCCGGGCUGAAGAAGAUUUAUCUGCAGGUUGUGUCCUUCGUGCUGCUGGGCAUUCUGUGCAUGAUGAUCCCCCAGUGCCGAGGGUUCGAGGGCGUCAUUGUCAUCUGCCUCUUCCUCGGCCUUUGUGAUGGCUUCUUCACCACCAUCAUGGCCCCCAUCGCCUUCGAGCUGGUGGGCCCCAUGCAGGCGUCCCAGGCCAUAGGGUACCUCAUGGGGCUGAUGGCUGUGCCCAUGACCGCGGGUACGCCGAUAGCAGGAUACCUCAAUGAUUAUUUUGGGAAUUACAACGCGGCCUUUUAUUUUGCCGGAGUCCCCCCCAUCAUCGGCGGUUUGGUGCUCUCUGUCGUCCCGCUGGUCCAUCAGAGGAUGCUGAAGAAGCAGCGCCUGGAUUCCGGCAAAGACAAGAUGCUGGUCUCGGAGACGGUGGUGAACGGGGAGCUGCUGCCGGGCUGUCCUGCCUCCGAAGCACACAUGUAACACCUCCGCUCACCGACACUCACUGUCGCCACCACCAGCCUCUCCAUAGCCCAAGCACAGGCCCUUUUCUAGACGGACCAUAAUUCUCAAUGAUAGCAGAUGCACUAUGUAAAGGAAAAAAAAAAAAAACCACAAAAAGUUCUUCUAGUUAAAGGCUUUUAACUAGCAGAAACGCUCUUUUUCGGGACAGUUUUGAUUUCAAAGCCACCUUUUCUUUUUCCCUCUAACCAUUUUUCUAAGGAGAACUCUCACCAGGAUUCAAACUUGAUCAAUCUCCCGCUCCUCUCCCCAUUUUUCUGUACGCCACGACAGAGGUUUACAGCUAAUAAAUGCCUUUUUAAAGCGGGCCACAGAUCGAGCUUGUUGAACCUUGCAGCUGUCCAUCCUUCUCCUCCGGUGUCACUCGGGUGUCACGUCCAAGCGAGACAGUCCCC